CUCACUGCUCCUCUCUUGGCUGCAGCCAAGAAAUGAGCUGGGCUCUGUGAAAAAGGAUGCAAGUCCUCAGCAGGAAGGCUCUGGAUCUGCAGUGUUGUUUCCUGAGCCGUGCCUUAGACUCUGUUGCUGAGGUUUCUGAGGGGGCACAGGACGGGGUUGGAGCUGGGCAAAGAGCUCAAAACGAGACGGGGCAAAGGGCAGCUCUCUGUGGGUUGCACCCCCUUUUAGGCCAUAUCCACCUGCCCCAACAUGAGCUCCUCAGUGGGCUGCAGUUUAGAGAUCUGAUCCACUCUGCCACACCGGGGGCUGCAGCAGGACAGCCUGCUUCCCCGUGGUCCUGGCCACAGGCUUCAGGGGAAAUUCUGUCCUGGUGCCUGGAGGACCUCCUUCUUCCUUUGUCACUGACCUUAGUGUCUGCAAGGGUUGUUUUCAUCUCAUUUUCUCACUCCUCUCUGACGAUUGCUGAUGUGCAGCAGCUUUUUCCUUUCUUAAACCUGUGUCCCAGCUGGCUUUUACCCCCAAUCAAUGGCCUGCAGCUGGGCUGGCGCUGGGGAGGGACAGGGACAGGGACUGCUGCAUUCCCCCAAACCUACCCUGCCAUUUCUCUUGUCCCAGCAGGUUCCAGUUUGACAUCUACCUUUCAGCUGUGAUUGUCCCAGCCUGCAGGAGGGCAGGAAAUGGCCACGGCACAUCCAGCUGAGGAACCCGUGACCUUCGUGGAGGUGGCAGUGUAUUUCAGCAGGGAGGAGUGGGAGCUGCUGCAUCCUGCACAGCGAGUGCUCUACCGGGACGUGAUGCUGGAGACGUAUGAGUCCAUAACUUCACUGGGACUCCUUCCAUCCCCCAAACCCGUGGUGAUCUCCCAGCUUGAAGAAGGGGAAGAUCCCUGGAUCCCAGAUCUGCAUGGCGUGGAGGAUGUGACAGGAGACCUCAGCCCAGCAGGUGACAGGAUCACAAAAGCAGCGGAGCCUCUUCAGAAAGGUGGCGUGGCCCAAAGGCAGCUGAAUGCUGUCUCUGUGGGAAAAACCAGAAGGGGCGUGCAAAAGGGCCUGGAGCAUGGAAAGCAUCUCAAGAAGCCACUGAAAACCCAUCGAGGAAAUGGAGCUCGGAAGCCCCUAGAUGGCAGCAAAGGUCAAAAGGAGGCUAAAGAACUGACAAUGAAGCAAGGCUGCCAGAAGAAAUUGGAGAACCAAUGUGACGAGUGUGGAAGAAUCUUUAAAAGUCAUUCCUAUCUUCUUAAGCACCGGCGCAUCCACACAGGAGACAAACCCUACAAGUGCGCUGAGUGUGGGAAGAGCUACAUAAAAAGUUCCAGUCUUGUUAUACACCAGCGGAUUCACACAGGAGAGAGACCCUACAACUGCUUGGAGUGUGAGCAGAGCUUCAGCGACAGCUCUUCACUCAUCUACCAUCAAUAUGUUCACAAAGGAGAGAAACCCUACAAGUGCCCUGAGUGUGGGAAGGGCUUCAUAAAGAUUUCUGUACUCAAUUUGCACAAAUGGAUUCAUAAAGAAGAGAGACCCUACAAGUGUCCUGAGUGUGGGAAGGGCUUCAUAAGGAGUUUUUCAUUCAAUCUGCAUAAACGGAUCCACGCAGGAGAGAGACCCUACAAGUGCCCUGAGUGUGGGAAGAGCUUCCCUUCGAGUUAUAGAUUCAAUGCGCACAAAUGGAUCCACACAGGAGAGAUGCCCUACAAGUGCCCUGAGUGUGGGAAGGGCUUCCAGUCGAGAUAUAGACUCAAAUUGCACAAACGGAUCCACACAGGAGAGAGACCCUACAAGUGUCCUGACUGUGCAAAGGCCUUCGAGAGCUGUUCUGACCUUAGAUCACACAAGUGUGUCCACAAAGGAGACAAGCUGUAGCAGUGCAGAAACUACAACAAGCGGAGGGAGUUGGUGGUGUUCAGCCUGGAGAAGAGAAGGCUCCAGGGAGACCUUGUUGCAGCCCUCCAGUACCAAAAGUGGGCCUACAAGAAAGCAGGAGAGAGACACUUUAUUAGGGAGUGUAUUGGUAAGACAAGGAGGAACGACUUUAAACUCAAAGAGGGAGGGCAGGAAAUGGCCACGGCACAUCCAGCUGAGGAACCCGUGACCUUCGUGGAGGUGGCGGUGUAUUUCAGCAGGGAGGAGUGGGAGCUGCUGCAUCCUGCACAGCGAGUGCUCUACCGGGACGUGAUGCUGGAGACGUAUGAGUCCAUAACUUCGCUGGGACUCCUUCCAUCCCCCAAACCCGUGGUGAUCUCCCAGCUUGAAGAAGGGGAAGAUCCCUGGAUCCCAGAUCUGCAUGGCGUGGAGGAUGUGACAGGAGACCUCAGCCCAGCAGGUGACAGGAUCACAAAAGCAGCGGAGCCUCUUCAGAAAGGUGGCGUGGCCCAAAGGCAGCUGAAUGCUGUCUCUGUGGGAAAAACCAGAAGGGGCGUGCAAAAGGGCCUGGAGCAUGGAAAGCAUCUCAAGAAGCCACUGAAAACCCAUCGAGGAAAUGGAGCUCGGAAGCCCCUAGAUGGCAGCAAAGGUCAAAAGGAGGCUAAAGAACUGACAAUGAAGCAAGGCUGCCAGAAGAAAUUGGAGAACCAAUGUGACGAGUGUGGAAGAAUCUUUAAAAGUCAUUCCUAUCUUCUUAAGCACCGGCGCAUCCACACAGGAGACAAACCCUACAAGUGCACUGAGUGUGGGAAGAGCUACAUAAAAAGAUACAAUCUUGUUAUACACCAGCGGAUUCACACAGGAGAGAGACCCUACAAGUGCUUGGAGUGUGAGAAGAGCUUCAGAAGGAGCUCUUCACUCGCCUCCCAUAAGUAUUUUCACACAGGAGAGAGACCUCACAAGUGCUCACAGUGUGAGAAGAGCUACAGAAGAAGAGCAGAUCUCAUCUCCCACCAGGGCUUUCACACAGGAGAGAAGCCCUACAAGUGCCCUGAGUGUGGGAAGGGCUUCAUAAAGAUUUCUGUACUCAAUUUGCACAAAUGGACCCAUAAAGAAGAGAGACCCUACAAGUGUCCUGAGUGUGGGAAGGGCUUCAUAAGGAGUUUUUCAUUCAAUCUGCAUAAACGGAUCCACGCAGGAGAGAGACCCUACAAGUGCCCUGAUUGUGAGAAGACCUUCCAGUCGAAUCAGGGACUCAACUUGCACAAACGGAUCCACACAGGAGAGAGACACUACAAGUGUCCUGAGUGUGGGAAGAGCUUCCCUUCGAGUUAUAGACUCAAUGCGCACAAAUGGAUCCACACAGGAGAGAUGCCCUACAAGUGUCCUGAGUGUGGGAUGAGCUUCCCUUCGAGUUAUAGACUCAAUGCGCACAAAUGGAUCCACACAGGAGACAAACCCUACAAGUGCGCUGAGUGUGGGAAGGGCUUCAUAAGGAUUUCUGUACUCAAUUUGCACAAAUGGAUCCAUAAACAAGAGAGACCCUACAAGUGUCCUGAGUGUGGGAAGGGCUUCAUAAGGAGAUUUUUAUUCAAUCUGCAUAAACGGAUCCACACAGGAGAGAGACUGUACAAGUGCCCUGAUUGUGAGAAGACCUUCCAGUCGAAUCAUAGACUCAACUUGCACAAACGGAUCCACACAGGAGAGAGACCCUACAAGUGUCCUGAGUGUGGGAAGAGCUUCCCUUCGAGUUAUAGACUCAAUGAGCACAAAUGGAUCCACACAGGAGAGAUGCCCUACAAGUGCCCUGAGUGUGGGAAGGGCUUCCAGUCGAGAUAUAGACUCAAAUUGCACAAACGGAUCCACACAGGAGAGAGACCCUACAAGUGUCCUGACUGUGCAAAGGCCUUCGAGAGCUGUUCUGACCUUAGAUCACACAAGUGUGUCCACAAAGGAGACAAGCUGUACAGGAGGCUUGGAAUUCGAUACUCUUUACGGCAACCCAAGCUGUUGUAUGAUUAUGAUCUCUCCCCAGUGAAGCUGGUUGUGACCGUGUUGGUUUUCUCACGCUGCUCCCUCCCUUGCAGCAUCGACUUCCUGGAACCCGUGACCUUCGUGGAGGUGGCAGUGUAUUUCAGCAGGGAGGAGUGGGAGCUGCUGCAUCCUGCACAGCGAGUGCUCUACCGGGACGUGAUGCUGGAGACGUAUGAGUCCAUAACUUCGCUGGGACUCCUUCCAUCCCCCAAACCCGUGGUGAUCUCCCAGCUUGAAGAAGGGGAAGAUCCCUGGAUCCCAGAUCUGCAUGGCGUGGAGGAUGUGACAGGAGACCUCAGCCCAGCAGGUGACAGGAUCACAAAAGCAGCGGAGCCUCUUCAGAAAGGUGGCGUGGCCCAAAGGCAGCUGAAUGCUGUCUCUGUGGGAAAAACCAGAAGGGGAGUGCAAAAGGGCCUGGAGCAUGGAAAGCAUCUCAAGAAGCCACUGAAAACCCAUCGAGGAAAUGGAUCUCGGAAGCCCCUAGAUGGCAGCAAAGGUCAAAAGGAGGCUAAAGAACUGACAAUGAAGCAAGGCUGCCAGAAGAAGUUGGAGAACCAAUGUGACAAGUGUGGAGGAAUCUUUAAAAGUCAUUCCUAUCUUCUUAUGCAUCAACGCAUCCACACAGGAGACAAACCUUACAAGUGCACUGAGUGUGGGAAGAGCUACCUAACAAGUUCCAGUCUUGUUAUACACCAGCGGAUUCACACAGGAGAGAGACCCUACAAGUGCUUGGAGUGUGAGAAGAGCUUCAGAAGCAACUCUGCACUCACCUCCCAUAAGUAUUUUCACACAGGAGAGAGACGUCACAAGUGCUCACAGUGUGAGAAGAGCUACAGAAGAAGAGUAGAUCUCAUCUCCCACCAGGGCUUUCACACCGGAGAGAAGCCCUACAAAUGCCCUGAGUGUGGGAAAGGCUUCAUAAGGAGUUUUUUAUUCAAUCUGCAUAAGCGGAUCCACGCAGGAGAGAGACCCUACAAGUGCCCUGAUUGUGAGAAGACCUUCCAGUCGAAUCAUAGACUCAACUUGCACAAACGGAUCCACACAGGAGAGAGACACUACAAGUGUCCUGAGUGUGGGAAGAGCUUCCGUUCGAGUUAUAGACUGAAUGCGCACAAAUGGAUGCACACAGGAGAGAUGCCCUACAAGUGUCCUGAGUGUGGGAAGAGCUUCCCUUCGAGUUAUAGACUCAAUGCGCACAAAUGGAUCCACACAGGAGAGAUGCCCUACAAGUGCCCUGAGUGUGGGAAGGGCUUCAUAAAGAUUUCUGUACUCAAUUUGCACAAAUGGACCCAUAAAGAAGAGAGACCCUACAAGUGUCCUGAGUGUGGGAAGGGCUUCAUAAGGAGUUUUUUAUUCAAUCUGCAUAAACGGAUCCACGCAGGAGAGAGACCCUACAAGUGCCCUGAUUGUGAGAAGACCUUCCAGUCGAAUCAUGGACUCAACUUGCACAAACGGAUCCACACAGGAGAGAGACACUACAAGUGUCCUGAGUGUGGGAAGAGCUUCCCUUCGAGUUAUAGACUCAAUGCGCACAAAUGGAUCCACACAGGAGAGAUGCCCUACAAGUGUCCUGAGUGUGGGAAGGGCUUCCAGUCGAGAUAUAGACUCAAAUUGCACAAACGGAUCCACACAGGAGAGAGACCCUACAAGUGUCCUGACUGUGCAAAGGCCUUCGAGAGCUGUUCUGACCUUAGAUCACACAAGUGUGUCCACAAAGGAGACAAGCUGUAGCAGUGCAGAAACUGUAAAAACAUUGUGUGUGCGUGUGCAUGAGUUCCUCUCUCAGAAAUUUCUGAGAAGGCCCGUGGAAGAGACUGCCCUCUGAUAAAGGUGACCAUUUCAUCCCUUGUCUGGGAAAUGCCUUUUCUCAGGGGUGUGAAAGGGGAAAGGGAAGGGGAAGAAUAAAAUACCUGAUUUGUCCCAGA